AAAGAGUUUUCCGCUUCACAGCAUCCAAAAACUCUACUUUUUAAAGCUUUUCUUGAAUCUAUUAAUCUUUACAAAUAUUAUCGGAAACAUAUGCAAUUUAUUAAAAAACAGUAUUUAAAAACAGUACAUAUUUAAUACAGUAAAGGAUUUGUUUACGAAAAGCCGUACAAGCCUGUUAAAAAAAUCUCAUGAUGGCAUCAAAUACCAUGCAAGUCACAAAUUGUUUGUUAGAGCCAACUUUUCUAAAUUCUGUUAUGUCUGGAAAUGAAAUUCUGGAUGAAAAAAUAAAAGAAUGGCUUCAAUGGGAUAGGAAUGAGUUUACUUUUAAUGAAAUCAAGAAGCAUGUUUUGGCAACUAACUAUGAUGAUUUAGCAAAAAUGUUGUUGACAAGACUAGAUUUUGGCACUGCUGGAUUACGAGGUGCAAUGGGUGCUGGCUUUUCAAGGAUGAAUGAUUUAACAAUAAUUCAAACAACUCAGGGUCUUCAUCAGUAUCUCACAAAAGAGUUUGUAAGUUUGAAAAAUGACGGUGUUGUUAUUGGUCAUGAUGCUCGUCAUGGCAGCCACAGAUUUGCUAGAUUAGCUGCUGCAGUAUUCCUUCAUGCUGGCGUGAAAGUCUAUCUUUUUUCGGAUAUUGUACCAACUCCAUAUGUUCCAUUUUCUGUUCUUAAAUAUAAAUGUUCUGCUGGCAUCAUGGUUACUGCUUCUCACAAUCCAAAAGAGGAUAAUGGUUAUAAGGUUUAUUAUUCAAAUGGAUGUCAGCUCAAUCGCCCUCAUGACAAACGCAUUGCUCAAUGUAUAUUUGAAAACUUAGUGCCCUUAGAAAGCUCUUGGGAUGAAAGUUUUCACAAAGUCAGUGAACUUUGUAUUGACCCACUAGAUGAAGUUCACCAAGAUUACUUAAGUGUUAUUCAAAAACAUUGCUAUAACAGGAGCAUAAACGCAUCCAGCCAGUUAAAUAUAACAUACACAGCUAUGCAUGGCGUUGGUGAGAAGUACGAAGUUGAUGCUUUUAAAGCUUUUUCAUUAAAGCCUUUUUUUAGCACUGAAGCUCAGGCAAAACCUGAUCCUGAUUUUCCAACUGUAAAGCUUCCUAAUCCAGAGGAAGGAUUAGAUGCAUUGAAACUUGCAAUAAAGACUGCUGAAGCCAAUAGCAGUCCAAUUAUUAUAGCACAUGACCCCGAUGCUGAUCGAUUGGCCAUGGCAGAGAAACUAAAAGACGGCUCAUGGAAAGUCUUUACUGGAAAUGAAAUAGCUUUUUUGCUUGGAUGGUGGGCAUUUAUAAAUUAUAAGAAAUCACAUGGUGAAAAUUUUCCAAAAAACUCUGUCAUUAUGCUUUACAGUACUGUUUCAUCUCGUGUUUUAAAAACAAUGGCUGAAAUUGAAGGUUUUUUAACCGAAGAAACAUUGUGUGGCUUCAAGUGGACAGGAAAUAAAUCUCUUGAAUGUUUGAUGCAGGGAAAGACCGUUUUAUUUGCAUUUGAAGAAGCUUUAGGAUAUAUGUUUGGUACGCAAGUGUUAGACAAAGAUGGUAUCAGUGCAAGUGUAGUUGCAUCUGAGCUGGCUUGUGUUUUAUACAAUGAAGGAACAACCCUUUCUGAAAAACUUGAACAGCUGAAUGAAAAGUAUGGUUUACACCUUUCUCAUACUUCAUACUUUAUAUGCUAUGAUCAAGUCACAAUUAAAAAUCUUUUUCAACGAAUCAGAGAAGCUAACAGCGGAAAGUAUCCAGAUUAUGUUGGUCCGUAUAAAGUAAAACACGUUCGUGAUUUAUACGGUUCAGGGUUUGAUAGCAGCCAACCAGGAAAUAAACCGAUUUUUCCUACAAGUACAUCUGGUCAACUAUUGACGUUUACAUUUGAGGAUGGCUGUGUUGCGUCUAUUCGCACAAGCGGAACAGAACCUAAGAUAAAAUAUUAUACUGAAAUAUAUACAGAGCCAAGUGACCGAAUGACGCUGGCUGAAGCUCAAAUGAAAAUGAACAACCUAACUAAACACAUUAUUGAAGAACUUCUUCAACCUGAACAAAAUCAUCUAAUUUCUCGAUAAUUUAAAAAAAUAUGUAAUUUUGUUUUUUGUUUUGAAAGGAUUUUUUUUA